AUGACUUUCCUUCUGUAUCUGUACACAAACCUAUCUGCAGAGAAGCACGAGCGCGCGGAGGACGCGCUGCUUUACGCGGCGGAGGUGGAGUUGCUAUGCGACCAGGCGUGGGGCAGCAUGCUGGAGGUGCCCGCGGGCUCGCUCCUCAACCUCACGGGACUCGGGUACUUUAGCUGUCAGUCACACACGGUGAUGGAAAACAACUCCUACAUAUUCUUUCUCAGGAUGGAUGAAAACUACAACAUCCUCCCUCAUGGAGUUAACUUCCAGGAUGCCAUAUUCCCUGACACGCUGGAGAACAGACGACUGUUUUCCAGCCUCUUCCAGUUCUCAAACUGCACUGAUGGACAGACGAUACACAACUUUAAUAGUGAUUGGGAGAGCCAGGAAGACAGCAGGCUGCUGUGUUCCUCAGUGCAGAAGGUGUUGUUUGAGGAGGAGGAGCGGGUUGGACAGCUUGAGGAGCGCGUGGCCGAGCUGGAGAGGAAGAACGAACAGUUAAAAGAACGAGUGGGGAAACUGAGGCAUUCUCUGAGGAAGGCCCGAAAAGUGUCCCGCCGUGCAGAACGGGAGCGCCAGGAGCUGCAAGAGCGCCUGAAGACGGCGGAGAGACGUGUAGGACAUCACAUCAAUGCCAUUUCACCCCAACACAGCCCUCCACGCCACAGAUACACACACGGACUGUGAGCUCCAACACACACACACACUCACACCUUUACACGGACUCAAACAGACUGCAGGGCAGUCUUCAAAUCCCAUAUAUUUACUUUUUCUUUUUUUGUUCUUUCCACAGUUUUUAGCAAUUAAUUAAGCUCCAAAUGCUUGGUGUAAACUUGUUUUGUACAUAAUUUUAAUGUUGAUAUUGAUAAAGUAAGCUUUAAUAUUAAAUAAGCUUAAUAUGCUUAAUAUGCUAAUUCAAGAUUUUAGUGUAAAAAGUGAAUACUUAAGGAACUAUUUCUAAUCUGACCCGUAAAAAUGACUUGUUAGUGUAACCUAAUGUAGUAUUUUAGACUUUGAGUUU